AUGGCCGCAAAUACUAUCGUGUUCUAUGAUAUACCCUUUGCGGAGUCUAAUAUCUGCUGGUCUCCUAAUACGUGGAAAACACGCUAUUCUCUCAACUACAAAGGCCUGUCUUAUCGAACAGAAUGGAUUGAAUACCCCGACAUUGAAGCUCUCUGUAUUAAAAUCGGCGCAGCCCCCACCGAUGUUAAAGCUGACGGUAUCACCCCAGACUACACCCUCCCGGUAAUCUACGACCCGUCCACCAAUAAAACCAUCUCUGAUUCAUUUGCCAUCGCCCUAUACCUGGACACUGCAUACCCUGAUACCCCGAAACUGUUCCCCCCGGGAACGCAGGCAUUACAAGAAGCUUUUGUGCAGUAUGUAAAUUUAAGGUGCAUUCCCCGUCUGGCUCAAUUCCUAAGGCCGGCUGUGUUUUGGAAACUUCCGGAAGGGAGGAGUCAGGAGUAUUUUCGGAGGACGAGAGAGACAUCGUAUAAUGUGACGAUAGAGGAGUGGACUCCAAGGGGGGAUGAGAGGGUGAAGGAGUGGAAAAGGGUCGAGAGGACGCUGGGAGUGUUAGCUGGGCAUUAUCGGGUGGCGAAAGAAGAGUUUGGAUUUCUGGAUGCAUUUCUAUCCGGAGUUAAACCGACAUUUGGGGAUUUUGCAUUGGCGGGGAUUCUGAAGUGGUGUAAGGAAGGGUUCGGGGAGGAAAGUGAUGAAUGGAGCGAUAUCUCAAGUUGGCAGGAUGGGAAGUGGGCGAGAUUCAUAAAUAGCUUAGAAAAAUAUGCAGCAGUUGCUUGA